UGAGUAUCCUUUUUCAUAGUCAUCAUUCAUCAUAGUCAUAGUGUUAUUGACAAAACAAUUGUCAGUAAACCCUAAGGUGCUCAUUAUGAAGAAGAUGCAAUACAAACGUUUAUAAUUUACUUGAGUGAGUAUAUUUUUAUAACGAAAGUUAUGGUUACCAAAGUUGUACAAAGCUAGGCCAAGUACUAGUAUUGUUUCAAGUUUGUUUUGUAGUAAUUAAAGUUUAAGUUAAGGCUAAGACUAAGACUAAGUCGUUAAGUUAAGUGAAGUUAAGUGUAUAAUACUAGUAAUAGUAAUUGUCAAUAAAUAAUUUCAUGGACAAUAAUCAAUAAAAUAUAAUUCAUGAUCAUAAACUUUAACUUUGAGUGUGAGUGCUGUGACUGAGACUAUGUGACUGUGGUCUGUAGUAAUGAUAUCAAUGAUUAUCAAAGGCAAAGGUCAACAAUCAUUCAUAAUCUCUGCAGCCCUAACCCACUGUUGAGGUUCUCCUUGGCUGGGGAAGGGAAAAAUGAAAGUGAGAGGAUCCUCCUUGGGAGGAUAGGGGGAAGCGUUAACUUCAUGCUUCAAUUUAUGGGUUUUCUCUACUAUGGUUUGGGAAAACGAGUUAAAGUCUAAAGUCUAAAGUGAAAUAUUCCUUAAACCAAUUAAAAUUGAAAAAAAAAAUCACUCUAACCCAUAGCCUAUACUAUAGUGACUAUACACUUAUUCUUAUACUUGUUACUUAUACUUAUACACCAUUAGAUUCAUUAAAAGUUAAUGAAUUUAAAUUUAAACAAAAAAAAUAUUAUUAUGGUUUUAUUUCAAUUGUGUCAAAUUCUGAUCGUCAAACUGAUAAAAUCCUUGAAGUUGUAGUGUAAUCAAAGUAUUAGAAUAAUUAAAGCUUCAGUUAAUUUUAAAAUGUAGUAGUAGUAAUGAUUCAUACUGUACUAUAACUGUUAUGCUAUACCUAUAAGAAGGAUUUAUGGAGUGCUGAAGUGUUAUGUUUGGUAAUGAACCUUUAUUUUAAAUGCUUGUAUCUGAAAAUGUAAAAGACUUAAAUUAUAUAUAUAUUUCCCUUCUUUUACAUCCUUUUCUUUAAUUUCCUUUAAAAUAAUAACAUUCAAAUGUGACCACAUUAUUAAAAAAAAUUAUGCUUAUUAGAUUCCAAAUGAGUGCUGAAAAAAGAAGAAAAUCAAGAGUGCAAGGUGGGUGGGCAUCGCCAAGUCCUAAGGAUGUUCCAAACAAACAAAAACCAACUGAAAAGAAAUCAUCAAAUCACACCCCACAGCUCCUUGUUUCCCAUCAUGAUGAAAAUAGCCCAAGUUUACAUAGAGGCAAGACACCAUUACCGGUUGGGCCUGCAUGGUUGGGAAAAAAUAUCGACCAGUUAGCUGCUAAGACAAAAUUUACAUUUGAGGAACCAGAAGAGGUAUAGUUUUAAAAUUUUUGAAAUGCCCCUAAUGAGUUUCAUAGUAAAUGAACUAUUAAUAAUUAGGAUUGCAGCGAUAAGCCAAUUGACAGAUUAUCAAUUAAUUGGUCUUGUUACUUUGGCUGAUGCUGAUAAAUCAAAUCCCGAUAAUUAUUAUAUACUUAUAAUGUAUUUUGCUUUGAAAAUAAAUGUUUUAAUUCUAGAUUUAUUUUAGUAUACCACUUCAUUAUUAGUCAUAAUUUGGGUUAUAGUGUGUAUGAGUAAAUAAUCGAACUUGCACCCUAAACCAGGAGAUUUCAGCCCAUGAUUACCAUCAUGAAAUUUGGAUUCUUAUUAUAUGCAUGAACAGUUAAAUUGAAUCCACCAGCAACCUGGGUGCCAUUGAAAAGCAUCUAUCAAUUGCAGAUGUCUUCUUGCUUAGAAAUAAUUUUAUUGCUUCUGAAAUGGGCGACAACUUUUCUAAAAUAGUCAUACUGGAAGCUAAAGCUGCUGCUCUAAUCCUUCUAUGCUGCUGGUACAUGUAGCUUUAAUAUCCAAGUUGCGAACAUGAGCAUGAUUUUUAGUGUCCACCAUGUCAUUGUGAAAACACUGACGACAUCAUAAGAUGAAAAAAAAAAUUGGUUGUGGAAAAAAUGCAUGAUACCACAUUAAGUCUUGCCCAUAUCUAAUUGGUACACAUUUAAUAAAAUUAUUUAAAAUCAUAAAAAAGGUACCAAUAACAAUAUCUAUAUUUACAUCUAACAUCACAAAAUUAUUUUCUGUGGCAGAAUAUUGGUAAAAAAGGUGCUGAUGAAUUGCUAAAAUGGCAGAUUACAGAUUAUUUUCCAGUUAAUCUGUGCAACCCUUCUAUAAUAAAAAAAAGUAUUAUUAGCAAGUAACUAAUAUAUACUAUAUGUGUCUAUUAGAUAAUUCAUUUAAGAGAUAUUGCGUUUAGUAAAAUAAUCAAAACUUGUUAAUUUCUUUUCAGGAAAUUAAACUGAAACCAGCUGAUCUGGUUAUCGUGUAAGUUGGACACAGCAUAUCAUUGUAUUCUUAUUUAAGAAGAGAGAAAUUGAAUAUUUUAAAUUAAUAAUGCCACUUCCCUUUAUAUUUCAUUUAUGCUUCCUUUAUCCAUUGCUAAAAAAAAGGUCAAUUAUUUUUUGUUUUAUUGUUUUUAAUUCUGAUUUUAACUUUUACAAGAGAAUAACUAAUCUGUUUUACAUGUAUAGGAAGCCUGGUGUUUAUGACAUAAGUACAGAACCAUCUGGAUUAUCAAGGCAUGUGUUGUCAUUUAUUUCUAAAGUCUGGUCAAGUUGGGGAGGCUCAUAUUUAUAAUUAUGGAAAUAAAAUACCUUGUAAUACAUUAAAUCUGUAGUAAUUAAAUACACAUAUUUAAUUGCUGCUUUAAAAAUAUGUAUGUGGUCUAUAAUAAUCAAUAGUUUCAAUUCCCAAGGUUGCGAUACUUUCCUCAAUUUGUUGAAUUGUCUCAAAGUGAAUCUAUUUUCGCUGCACUUUAUGAUGAGAUCCCUUGGAAGCAAAGAUAUGAUAUUCACAAUGGUGUAAAAGCCAUACAACCUCGGUUGACCCAGUGGUAUAGCGAGUUGCCUUAUACUUACUCAGGGCUUACAGUAGAGGCAAAUACUUCUGUAAGUUCCAAUGCCAAUAACUGUCUAAUAAAAAUCAAUUUUUAACAAAAUUAUAGUUUUAAAAUAUUAAGUUGUUUGCAUGAUGAAUUCAAUUAUGAAGAUUCUUGUCGCAAUCAGCUGGGUACAGAUUCCAAACAAUGAAAUUCUUUUCCUUUCCUGGAUUAAAUUUUUAAAACUAUCUUAGAGUGAUGUCUGUUUCAAUUUGGUAACAAACAUAAAUUUACUUCUUUAUCCAAAAUUAUUCAUAAUUUAUGUUUUUUUUUUAAAUUUGAUAAAAAUUUAUUCAUUAUCUAAUUCUGGGAUUGGAAAUGGAAAUCCUUUUUUAAAUUGACACCUGCUGACAGGACUUCAACAAUUUUUGCACAGAUUAUAAAUCUUUGCAGACAUCAUUAUUCUGUUCAGUUUUAUGUAUAAGAUAUUUUUGUAAAAGCCUGCAUGACCUCUUAUGCUGUGUUUUGGUGCAAAUAUUUUUUUUUCACUCCACUGUUCUGGUCUAAAUAACAGCCUGUUACCAUUCAAACUUAAUAAUAAUAUUGAUGAAAUUCAUAAUAGGAGUGGCCAAAACCACUAAAAGAACUAAAGCAACAAUUGGCUGAGGUAACAGGAAUAGAGUUCAACUCCCUUGCAGCCAACUUGUAUCGAGAUGGACACGACAGUAUUGGAUGGCAUUCUGAUGAUGAACCCAUAAUGGGUAAGACUCCAACCAUUGCUUCAUUGUCAUUUGGUGAUGAACGUGUGUUUGAGUUACGCAAGAAACCAUAUCCAGUAAGUCUGCAUAAAUCAUGAUCUAUUUAUUUGUUUGUAAAAGAUUUAUUAUGAUCAGAAGCAGUUUUCUCUCUCUCAUUAUCUGUUUACCUAUUAGAUUUGAUUGUUACCUUUAAGGUUUUCUUCUUAGUUAUGAAUUAAUAUGAGCAAAUUUCAACUGAAAGUUUUUCUAAAGCUUCUUUUUUUGUUGACAAUUUUUUUCCCCAUACAGUGUAUUUAAGCCAUAAAUUUUGUUUUUUAAGUUAGGGAUUUUAAGAUACACAUCAUACCAUCAAGUUUUUAAUUUUCUGUAUUUAUCACAUUUUAUAAUAAACAUUCAAUAGUAUUACUUUGAAAAAUGCUUUGGUUGGUCUCAAUUCAUUCCAAUAUGGCCUUUUCUUUGAAUAAAUCAUACAAAAUAAAACUAUUUUUACUCAUUACCAGGAAAAGAGGCCAUAUUGUAACAAAUGAAGACCAACCAAAGCAUUUUUAGUUGUAGAGAUUUCUUUUAUUAUUAUUGGAAAUGGUGUUUGGGAUUGACAAUUGCCUUAUAUUUAUUACCAUUAGCAGACACAGGCUUUUGAUUAUCUUCAGAUAAAAUAAUUGAGAGAAUGGUAAAUGUUUUUAAUUAUUGAUUAAACCUGGCUCUCUUUUAUCAGCUUCAAUCAGGAGAACAAGAUUAUACCUAUAGCCAAGUCAUCAGGUUGACUCUAGGAAGUGGCUCAUUGCUUAUAAUGGAAGGUUGGACACAAACAGAUUGGCAAGUAAGUAGCAAAUCAGACCACUAUAAUAUUUGUUGACAUUAUGAAGUGGCUCAUUGCUUAUCAUAGAAGGUUAAACUCAAACAGAUUGGCAAGUAGCAAAUCAGGCUACCAUAAUAUUUGUAUCACUAAAUCAUCAUCAUCAUCAUGGACCAUUGGGGCGCCACAGAUGACAUGUGAACUAUCCUCCUCCAUUCGUCUCUGUCUUCUGCACUAUGCACAGCAUCGCCCAGUGUUAGUCCUGUCCAAUCUUUGAUGUUAUCCUCCGAUCUUUUUCUUUGUCUUCCUCUUCUUCUCCCUCCUCUUGUGGUGCCCUGCAAUAUUUAUUUGGCAAGCCCUUGUUACGUGGCUGUACCAUUGUAGUUUGCGUUUUUUCACAGUCACCAGUCGGUCAUUGUACUCCCCAAUUGCCUGGCAAACCCUUUCUUUCACUGUAUCAUUGGAGAUAUGGUCCCUAUAGCAGAUGGCAAAAAUGCUUCUGAAGCAUCUCAUCUCCAUCACCUUUAUUUUCCUUUCAAGAUCGUCUGUUAAUGUCCAGGAUUCACAGGCAUACGGGAAAAUGGAGAGGACUAAUGAAACGCAUCAGCCUGAUUUGGGUGCUGGGGGCUAUAUUUUUGUCAUUCCAUAUUUUCUUGAGCCUCUUUAGUGCUGUUGUAGUCUGCGCAAUCCUAGACAUCCCAUCGAGCUUGGAGCCUUCUUCUGAGACUAUUGCUCCUAGGUAUUUGAAGCGGUCUACAGUCUCUAGUCUUUCCUCCCCGACCUUAAUUUCAGUGGUGAUGCCUGUGGUGUUAUUUGUCAUCAGUUUUGUCUUUUCGGCACUGAUUAGCAUGCCGUAGGACGACGAGGUCUUAUCGAGACGCUUUACCAGGUUGGCUAGCUCUUCUUCGUUCCCAGCCGGUCCUUUUAUGUCAUCCACAAAGCGUAGGUUGGUGAUUGUUCUCCCAUCAAUGCUGACUGUCCCUUCAUGCCCUUCUAGAGCAUCUGACAUAAUUCUCUCUAGGAAGAUGUUGAACAGGGUGGGGGAGAGCAGGCAGCCUUGUCGUACUCAACCAUGGUCGUGAACCAUUCUCCGAUGUUGUUGAGGAAGACUGCACUGGUGGCCUAAUCAUAGAGGUUGCAUAUCAUUCUGGUUAGGUUUGUGUUGAUGUUGUAGUGCCUCAUGGUGGCUCAUAAAGCAGCAUGCCAAACCCUGUCGAAUGCUUUCUUGAAGUCCACAAAGUCGUGGUAUAGGUUUUGUUGAUGUUGAGCAUAUUUCUCACAUAGUAUUCGGAGGUUUAGAAUCUGCUCAGUAGUGCCCCGUCCUUGUCUGAAGCCAGCCUGUUCUUCAGCAAUGAUUCUGUCAGGCAUAUGGUUUUAGUCGGUUCAAUAUGACCUUCAGCAUGACCUUGCUUGGAUGGCUUAUUAGACUAAUAGUGCGAUAGUUUUGGCAUAGCUGUAGGUUACCUUUUUGGGGAGGGUGACGAUGAGCGAUUGUGUCCAUGGUUUGGGCCAUUCUCCUGUAAGCCAUAUUGAAUAGGACACUUAUCAUUGCUUCUCCUCCUUGUUUCACCAACUCGGCAGGGAUAUUAUCCACCUCUGCAGCUUUUCCUGCUUGGAGUGCUUGGGCUGCUGCUUCUACUUCUGCGCGGAGAAUAGGGUAGUUAUCAUUGUCUGUUGCUGGAGGGACAUUAAGGAUCUCUGGGUCUAUCUUUAUACUUUCAUUAUACAGCUCUGCACAGUAUUCAGUCCAUCGUUUUAUGAUAUCAUUUUCCUCGGUCAAACAUUUACCAUUUUUAUCCUGUAUGGUAGUACUACGCCCUUGUUUUGCAGUGGUUAGUUCUUUCACCAAGUGGUAAGCUUUUUUGCUAAUGUUUUUCUUCAAGCAGUUUCAAUGUCGUAGCAUUGCUCUUCAAUCCAGUUCUUCUUUGCCCUUUUCAUACCUUUUUUGAUGGCUUGAUUAAUUAUAGCCAAGUUUAUAUAUAUCAAGUAUACAUAUAAUCAAGUCAUGAAUUAUUAUAACUAGAUUGACAAGUAAGUAUCACUUAAAACAUGAAAUAAUUAUAUUUUAAAACUCAAAGCACAUCAAGUUACGAUUGACUGCAAAACACUGCCAUAGAUAUGUCCAACAGUUUAAUCCCAUUAAAAAGAAAUGCACAGCCCUUCUAUUUGGUUGGGAAGCAUCUAAUCUUUUCCCAACUUUUUAUGGUUUAAUAUAUUAAUAUAUAUGUUUUUUAAAACUUGUAUUUACUUAAUAAUAAGAAAUGGGUUCCAUAGGUAUAUAGGGAAGACUUGAGGUUAUAACAAAAUUGCUAUCUAUACAAUUUGAUAAACAAAUUUCUUUUUAUUGCAUGUUCUAAGUAAAGCCCACUGAUAAAAAUAACUAAUAUUUGGUUCUUUUUUUAAAGCAUCGAGUACCUAAAGAAUACCAUGACAGGGGACCAAGAAUAAACGUAACAUUCAGGGUAGCUAGGCCAACAUUGGAUUGAUAAUAUUUAAUUAUUUUUAUUUAAUAUUUGCCUGAUGUUUAACUAUGAUUUGCCAGUAGAUAAAUAUUACUUUUAAAACAAAUGAAAUCUCAACUCAAGAGAAUUGAAUUUAAUGUUUUGGUGAAACACACCACUUUGUUUAUACAUUCUGGUUUGCGUGGUUUUUUUAAAUGAUUAAUUUAUAAUGAUGACUCAGCUUCACAUUUGUCCAACUUGGACUCUGCCAAUAAAUUGUAAUAUUAUGUUUAAAAAAAUUGUAUUAUUUAUUGUUUACUUUUUUAAUAUUUAUGAGUUCUUUUUAAAGUAACAGGUUGUAAAUAUUACUUGACUUAAAAAAAAAAUUAAGUUUAAGUAUCUAGAAAAUUAAUUACUCUUAACUCUUAUAAUUGAUGGGAUAUAAUUAAAAUCUUUCCAAAUUUGAAUUCUUUAUUUUAAUAAAAAUAAAUUAAAUGAUUGUUUAUUAAGCAAUAAUUAUUACAUAAUGCACAUAUUUUCACAGGCAAUAGAGUACAUAUCUUACUUUAACUUUAUCUCUGUCAUCAUUUUCAUUGGCGGGUGGGUGGGGGGAUUUGAAUCUCAGUUUCUAUUUUGAGAAAAAGGAAAUGCUAUAAUGUGAAUUGCUUUUGCUUUUAGGUGAUUUAUACUUAAAAAUAUCUUUGGAAGAGAAUAAAAAAAGUUUUUACAGUUGUUGAAGGACAUCCCAAUGUAAUUGAAUAACAGUUUUCAUAUUAAUAUGCAGUGUGAUUCAAUUAAAAA